CAAAGCCCUCCCCCAACUCCUCCUCCCCCAACCGCUCCCCCAACAGCUCCCCUCUCACUCCAAAGUCCUCCCCCGCCUCCUUACCCCGAACUCCUUCCCCUCAUUCCAAGGUACUCCCCCAACUCCUCCUCCUUAAAUCCUCCCCCCUCACUCCAAACUCCCCCCAAGCCCCGCCCAACUCCAGCUCCUCCCGCCUCAGUCCAAAGUCCUCGCCCAACUCCUCCUCCCCCAACCGCUCCCCCAACAGCUCCCCUCUCACUCCCAAGUCCUCCCCCAACCGCUCCCCCAACAGCUCCCCUAUCACUCGAAAAUCUUAUCCCGCCUCCUUACCCCAACUCCUCCCCCAACAUUCCAACCUCCCGCACUCCAAACUCCUCCGCACAUCUCAAUGCCUCCUACCCCCCUCUGAACUCCUUCCCAAACUCACUCGUCGCCCCCAACUCGUCGCCCCCAACACCUCCCGCCCUUACUCAAAAAUCCUCCCACAACUCCUCCCCUCUAACUCCAAAGUCCUCCACCAGCUCCUCCCCCGUCACUCCAGACUCCUCCCCCCCAGCUCCAGCUCCUCCCCCCUCAGUCCAAAGUCCUCGCCCAACUCCAACUCCCCCAACCGCUCCCCCAACCGCUCCCCCAACAGCUCCCCUCUCACUCCAAAAUCCUAUCCCGCCUCCUUAG